AUGGCAUUCAGAAUUGCCAGAAGCUUGGUGAAGACUAAGUAUAGUCUGCGCACUGCUUCAUCUUUACCCACAUUGUCUUAUGCUAGUUAUGCUUCCGUACGCCGAAACGAAGGGCCUCGUUGGAAUCAGUGGAUGUGGGUUGCGCGAACCAAUCUCGCGAGAUAUUCCCAUCUAAUGGCGUGGGGGGAGGAGGGCAGCGAGGGGGCUCGGGAGCUAAAAGCGCUGCUAAAGCUGCACUGGUUCGAUGGCAAAGAGCUUGGCUUCCCAGACCAAGAUACUUCAGCAGCAAAGAGACACUUCCGGGAAAUCAGCCAAUCCAAUGAAUAUGCGAACAAGCUACACCCCAACGUUUUCCUGGUGAUUGACGGGUGGAGCGUUGCCUCCUACGGACAUGUCAUGGCUGUGGACGCUAGCUUUGACCCCGAUAUUCCGAAUGACCGCGCAGAGGAGUCCCCAGGUUUUGACGGCCAGAUGUGCAUCAUGGGAAACUUGAUCUGGAGCGAACUGUAUCCAAUGCUAAUGCUGCACUGUACAUCUUUGGAGGACUGA